AUGACCCAAGAUAUUCGUUAUGAUGGAAAAGUAGCUAUUGUUACAGGCGCUGGUGGAGGUAUUGGUAGAGCGUAUGCUCUUUAUUUUGCCCAACGGGGGGCGAGUGUGGUGGUCAACGAUUUAGGCGCUUCUCAUACAGGCGAUGGGGCCAGCUCAAAAGCAGCGGAUGUCGUGGUGGAAGAAAUUCAAAAAGCCGGCGGCAAAGCAGUGGCCAACUACCAUUCGGUGGAAGACGGAGCUAGGAUUGUGGAUACAGCGAUGAAAGCAUUUGGACGUGUCGAUAUUGUCAUCAACAAUGCCGGCAUCCUGCGUGAUAUCUCUUUUGCUCGCAUGACGGAUAAGGAUUGGGAUUUGAUCCAAGCGGUGCAUGUGAAGGGUUCUUAUGCUGUCACCAAGGCAGCGUGGCCCAUUAUGAAGAAACAAAAAUAUGGUCGCAUCAUCAUGACCGCCUCUGCGGCUGGUAUUUACGGUAAUUUUGGUCAAGCCAACUAUAGUGCUGCCAAGCUUGCUCUUGUUAGUUUCAGCCAUUCUUUAGCCAAGGAAGGGGCCAAGGAUAAUAUUCACUGCAAUACCAUUGCUCCCAUGGCAGCUUCCCGAAUGACAGAAACCGUGUUGCCGCCCGAUAUUCUCGCUUCAUUGAAACCUGAAUUUGUAACACCUGUGGUAGGUUAUCUAUGUCAUGAAAACACAGAGGAGAACGGAGGUCUCUUUGAAGUAGGAGGCGGGUUUGUGGCCAAAUUGAGAUGGGAACGUUCAGCGGGUGUCGUUUUCAAAGCGGAUGACAGCUUGACGCCUGACGCGGUGCGUGCGCAAUGGAAAGACAUUACCGAUUUCGACAAAGCAGCGAAUGCAUACCCUACGUCGGUGAUGGACACGGACUUUUUAGCUCUGUUGGAACGUGCCAAGCAAGUCGAGGCCAACGCCCAGCAGACCCAAGAAGAAGCGCCGCCCUUGCGAUUCGAUGGGCAAGUGGCCGUGGUCACGGGGGCAGGAGGAGGAUUGGGCAGAGCGUAUGCCCUGUUACUGGCCAAGUUGGGGGCGUCUGUCGUGGUCAAUGAUCUGGGUGUGUCGACGAGCGGUGCCGGAGCGGACAGUCGCGCGGCGGAUCAGGUGGUGCAUGAGAUUCGUCAGGCAGGCGGCACAGCGGUGGCCAACUAUGAUUCGGUGGAAGAGGGAGACAAGGUGGUGGAGACGGCGUUGAAAGCGUUUGGACGCAUUGACAUCGUGGUGAACAAUGCGGGCAUUUUGCGUGACAAGUCGUUUGCUCGUUUGACGGACGACGAUUGGGAUCUUGUGCAUCGCGUGCAUCUCCGAGGCACGUACAAGGUCUGCAAGGCAGCCUGGCCGCACUUUGUCAAGCAACAGUAUGGCCGCAUCGUCAACACCGCCUCGGCGGUCGGCUUGUACGGCAACUUUGGUCAGACGAAUUACAGCGCGGCGAAACUGGGGAUUGUCGGUUUGACACGUACGUUAGCGCUGGAAGGCCAACGCAAGAACAUUCUCUGCAACGUCAUUGCUCCCAAUGCGGGAACACGUAUGACGGCGACGGUGAUGCCUCCCGAGAUGGUGGAAGCCUUCAAACCCGAGUAUGUCGCUCCUCUCGUCGCUUACCUGGGGCAUAGCAGCAACGCCUCGACGGGCGGUGUCUUUGAAGUCGGCAGUGGUUGGAUGGCUCAAGUGCGCUGGCAGCGUUCAGGCGGUGUGGGCUUUCCCGCGCAUCGUGCCUUGACACCCGAACACGUCGCAGCGGCUUGGUCACGUAUUUGUGAUUUCAACGAUGGUCGUGCGACGCACCCGAAUAGCACGCAAGAGUCCUUUCAAGGUUUUAUGGAGCACUUUAGCCAUGUCGAUGAGGAGGAAGAAGAAAAAGAAGAAGAAGACCACCCCAAGAAGGAGGAGGGCCUGGAUGUGGAAGCGGCCAAAAGGAUGGCGUUCGAGCCUCUUUCUUUCUCUUACGAAGAACGUGACCUCAUUCUCUAUGCGCUCGGCGUGGGAUGUCAGCGCACCGACACACGCUUUGUGUAUGAAAACGACGUCCACUUUAGUGCAUUGCCGACCUUUGGUGUCAUUCCUGCCUUUGCUGCCAUGCAAUCGGUGCCAUUCGGCGACAUGCUUCCUCAUUUCAACCCCAUGAUGCUGUUGCAUGGCGAGCAAUUUUUAUCGCUGAAAAAGCCUCUCCCUACGAGCGGAACGCUUCACUCCAAGGCGCGUGUCAUUGAUAUCCUGGACAAGGGCAAAGGGGCCUCGGUCAUUGUGGGCGUGACCACGACGGAUGGUGCGUCAGGAGAGGUCGUGUGUGAAAAUGAGUUUACGCUCUUUGUACGUGGCAGUGGCGGCUUUGGAGGCAGGUCCAAGGGACACGACCGCGGGGCAGCUUCCGCCACACAUGCGGUGCCCGAUCGUCAGCCUGAUGCGGUGGUGACAGAAAAGACACACCCCGAUCAAGCCGCUCUGUAUCGUUUGAGUGGUGAUUACAAUCCUCUGCACAUCGAUCCUGAGAUGGCGGCGGUCGGAGGGUUUGACGUGCCUAUUUUGCACGGUCUUUGCUCUUUUGGCGUGUCAGCGAAACAUGUAUUAAAGACGUUUUGCAACAAUGAUCCUGAGCUCUUUUCCACGAUCAAGGUCCGAUUUGCCAAGCCUGUCUUUCCUGGAGAGACAUUGGAAACGUCGAUGUGGAAGGAAGGCCAACGCAUUCUUUUCCAAACGCGUGUGGUGGAACGCAAUGUGAUUGCUAUUUCUAACGCGGCUGUCGAAAUCAAGACCCAAGCACGUCAAAGCAAAUUGUAA